CCUCAAUCCUCACACACACUCCCCCAACAGCUGCAAUCUGGAAGAAAUUACUCUCCUAAACAGCCAGACUUCCCCAGUUUCAGGAAAUUCCAAGCUGGCAGGGGGAGGGGCGGGGCUAGGGGCCGCCCUGCCCUCCAUCCCCCAGCCCCGUGCGUGCGGCCUGCCUGCAUCCCGGUCCGGCCCCGCCGCCCCCGCACUCAGCCCAGAGGGGCCUCAGCUCCUCCACCGCUGCUUUCUAGUCCCUUAAAUCCUGGAGGCAAACUUUUUUUUGGAGGUAGGGGUGAGAUAAGGAAGGCUGGGAGGGGCUUACGCCUUAACCCUCUCUGCCCCAGACGGACUGAGCUGGGCUGGGUGGCGACUCUGCGCCUGUUUGGGCUCCUACCAUGGCCCCCAAGAGGGGCUGACACUUCAGUUCCCAGAGCAGGUAAGAUCCCGCCCGGAGGAAGAAGGAAGAAGGUGAGGGCCUGGGAGUCGGAGGCGGAGGCAGGCUCCCAACCCUGAAGACGGGGUUGUCCCAGCUUGAGCUGGAGCCCCAGAGAGCGCGCCUGCCGGGGCUAGCGAGGACCACGAGAUGCCGGUGCUGAAGCAGCUGGGCCCCGCGCAGCCCAAGAAACGGCCGGAGCGCGGCGCCCUGUCCAUCUCCGCGCCGCUCGGAGACUUCCGGCACACGCUGCACGUGGGGCGCGGCGGCGACGCCUUUGGGGACACGUCGUUCCUGAGCCGCCACGGCGGCGGGCCGCCCCCCGAGCCCCGAGCGCUGCCCGCGGGGGCCCCGCGCUCCGCGCCGCCGCCCGCGGUGCCGCAGCCCCCGCCGCCCGCCCUGCGCGCGCCCGCUCCCGCCGACCCGCUGCUGUCCUUCCACCUGGAUUUGGGCCCCUCCAUGCUGGACGCGGUGUUGGGCGUCAUGGACGCGGAACGCCCGGGCGCCGCUGCCGCCAAACCUGACGUGGACCCCGGCUCCGGGGCGCAGCACCCCAGGGCCCGCUGCUGCCCCAACGCGGACCUCGAGCUGGACGACGUCAUCGGCUUGUAGGCACCCGCGUUCCCUGCGCCCUUACCGUCCAGCGCCCCACUUCUUUAUACAUAAACCGACAAAGUCUGUG